AUGGUCAAUCGAACGGCCAAUGGACUAAUGGAAUCUGCUCCCUCCACAUCUUUCGAGAGUUUUUCUAGGGCAAAACUCACACGAAUCAAAGAAGAGAUUGGGAUCGCAACUUCGAUCAAGGAAUGUGGGAGGCUUAGAGAUUUGUCGAGAGGGCAGGCAAUUCACGCGCAAGUUGCCGACUGCUGCUCCACAUUCCUUUCGAAUCUCUUGAUCGAGAUGUAUGGGAAGUGUGGCAGAGUGAAAGAGGCGGUAGCGAUCUUCCAAGGGAUCCAUAAACCCAACGUCUUCUCAGCCAACAUGAUGAUCAAGACAUAUGCCGAGAAUGGGCAUCUGGAGCUCGCUCGAGGGGUGUUCGAUUCCACUGAGAAAAAAGACCUCGUGUCGUGGAACACUAUCCUUGCAGCCUAUGUCAGCGCUAAAGAUCUUGAGGAAUCUAAGAAAUUGUUUGAUUUCAUUCCCUGCAGAAACGUUCUCACCUGGACUGCUCUGCUCCAAGCAUAUGCCGAUGACGGGAAUCAUUCCAAAGCUAUAAAGCUUUUUGAGAAUAUGCCGGAAACGACUGUGGUAUCCUGGACUGUGAUGCUGGCAGCAUUCACAAGCGCUGGGGAUAUACUAGGUGCUUGGAGGAUCUUUCAAGAAAUGCCCGAAAGAAAUGCUGUGAGCUGGACGGUCAUGAUGCAGGCAAAUGCUACUCUUGGGCAUCUUGAGGAAUCGAAGAGAAUCUUUCUCAGCAUGCCGGAGUGGAAUGUGGUCGCAUGCACGGCCAUGAUCCACUUACAUAUAGAGGCUGGGAAUCUCCAGGAUGCCCAAGGAAUCUUUCACAACUCGAUGGCUGAGUGGAACGUAGUAUCGUCUAAUGUCCUCAUUGCUGGCUAUGGAAACCAGGGGGAUAUCCACCAGUCAAAAAGCAUAUUCGACAACGCCAUGGAGCGAGAUGUGAUCACUUGGACAAGCCUUCUGGUAGCGCACGCCCAGAAUGGGCAUCUGGAAGAUGCGAAAUGCAUAUUCGACUCCAUGCCAGAGUGGGACACCACUGCCUACAACGCAAUGCUAGCUGCGUUUGCAAGCAACGGAAAUCUACAAGAUGCCAGGAAUAUCUUUGAUUCGAUGCCUCACAAAGACGUGGUGACGUGGACAUCACUGUGCGUCGCAUAUGCCCAGGCAGGGCAUCUAUGGGAUUCCAUGGCCCUGUUUGGGAAUAUGCCAGACCGCAACGAGGUAUCAUGGAAUGCGGUCCUCGUGGCAUUGUCACGGGGAGGGAAUCUUCGUGAGGCAAGGAAUUUCUUCGAGAAGAUGCCACGCUCGUGCUUCGUCCAAGCAGUGACAUGGAACUCCAUGCUCGCGGCAUAUUCCCAGUCUGGGAAUCUCGUCGACGACCUGGCCACAUUCCACGCGAUGCUGCUCGAGGGUUCCAAUCCGGACGAACUCUCCUUCAUCCCGUUGCUCAGCGUGCUCGCCCACACGGGGAAGAUCGAGCAGGGCUGCCGCUCCUUCGCGUCCCUCGCCAGCGAUCACAACCUCGCCCCGACGCGCGAGCACUUCAGCUGCGCGAUCGACAUCCUGGGCCGAUCCGGGCAGCUCCAGGAGGCCGAGAAUCUCCUCAGGGGAAUGCCAUUCCGCCCCGAUCCAGUGGCGUGGGCGACGAUCCUCGGCGCGGGAGCUGUGCAGAGCGAUUCCCCGGCCAGCGCGCGAGCGGCCAGAAAUCUCUUUGAUAUCUCGCCCAAAUGCCAUGCCCCAAUUUAG